AUGGUGUUCCCCGGUGUUCGGAGGAGAUAUAAAUAGCGAGCCCCUUUCGUCUGCCCCCCACCGUUCGCCUGCUACUGCCGUGCGUCAGCCAUGGCGCUGCUGCCCAGGACCGCGCGCCUUGCCCUAAUUUCGUCCGAGAGGGCGAUCCACACCACGGUUCCCUCACUUGCCUCCCCGUCAUCCGGCUCCUCGCCGGCCACUUAUGCUCCGUCCCGGCCUCCGGCCGUGAUGUCCUCUCCGACCGGCCUCUCGAAGGCCGCGGAGUACGUGAUCUCUAAGGUGGAUGACCUCAUGAACUGGGCCCGGAGGGGCUCGAUCUGGCCGAUGACGUUUGGCCUCGCGUGCUGCGCCGUCGAGAUGAUGCAUACUGGCGCCGCCCGUUACGAUUUCGAUCGGUUCGGCGUCAUCUUCCGUCCAAGCCCUCGCCAGUCCGACUGUAUGAUCGUUGCGGGGACCCUCACCAAUAAGAUGGCUCCUGCACUACGGAAGGUUUAUGAUCAGAUGCCAGAACCUCGCUGGGUCAUAUCCAUGGGCAGCUGUGCUAAUGGUGGUGGUUACUAUCAUUAUUCCUACUCCGUUGUAAGGGGCUGUGAUCGGAUUGUGCCUGUUGACAUAUAUGUUCCUGGUUGCCCACCUACUGCAGAGGCGCUUCUUUAUGGAGUUCUGCAGCUGCAAAAGAAAAUCAAUCGCCGGAAGGAUUUCCUUGUCUGGUGGACAAAGUAAAUACCUUCAUCUCUGCAACAUGGGUGUGUCAGAGUCUGAAACAGGAACCAUCCACUGUGUUAAAAUAAAUUCUAAGUUCAAAUCACUUAGAAUAUGUUCGGAGACCUGAUCUAAUUGCUCGGACCUUAAUUUUGUAUUUGAGUUUCUGUUUGUGCCGCUGUUUACUUGGAUUAGCUAAAUAUUUGGAAUUGCUAUCCAUUGGACCA